GCACAAACCGCAAAACCAAAAGAUAUCAAUCAAUCGAAAGGAAGCAAUACAAUAGAACAGAAAAGAGACAAAGACGACGAGAAUGAUGAUGAACAGCAACAACAACCCCACGAAAGCCGACGCUGUGGUGGUCAACGAUGACAAGAACCCCCAUGGACCUGGUCGAGUGGUGUACCACAUGGAUGCGUUGGAGCAAGAUUCGGAGGAUAUUCCGUUUGUCAAGGGCGAAGUGCAGCUCUUGGAGUACCGCGAUGUCAACUUUGCUCGAUUGUUCUACAUCCAAUUGGUGGCUGUCUUGGUGACGGCUGUCUUUACCAUCUUUGCAAGCUCGGAUUCUGCUGAUAGCAGCACUUCUACCACUUCUACUAGCGCCACUACAGCUACUGAAGACGACGACUUUUCGGGAAGCACCUUCUUGCUCAUUCUGGUUGUAUCGGUACUGGCUGCCAGUGUGGGAGUCGCGAGUUUCCUGACCCUCAUGAUGAACCAUUCGGAAUGGAUUGUUCGAGUUUCCUUCUUUGCGGCGCCGACACUCAUGUUGGCAUUUGGACUCGUUCUGGUUCUCGUCGAUUCCGGAACUUCCAGCACUUCAAAUACAAACGAUGACGAUGGCACACUCAGCGCAGGAGGCCACUUUUUGGUGUAUGCCGUCGUCUUUGCCGCCAUUUCGGCGUGUGUCUAUCACUACUACCAGAAAUUCAUUCCCUUUGCCGCAUCCACGCUACAAGUUGCCAGUAUGGCCGUACGAUCCAACCGCGGACUCUACCUUCUUACCGCCGCCAUGCCCGUGGUUUUGGCGGGUUGGUUCACGCUCUGGAGCACAGCCUUGGUCGGAGUCUUGGCCAUGACAGACUCUACUGCUACGGAUACUACCACUACUGUCAGUCCGCAGAGGACUUGUGCACCGGGAGAUAUAUGGUGUGAUGACAGUGACACGACGACAGCAGCACCACUCUCCGCAACUGCCACGGUCGGAAUCUUGCUCCUCCUUGUUUCCUUUUAUUUCACCCAACACGUCAUUAUCAAUGUCUUUCAUACCACAACUGCAGGAACCGUGGGAGCAUGGUGGUUCACUCCGCUCGCCGAUCCCAGUCUCUGCAACUCGGCCACCACGGACAGUCUUUAUCGAUCCCUCACGUACAGUUUUGGAUCCAUUUGUUUUGGAUCUCUCAUUGUCGCCAUUGUACAGACACUCGAACACAUGGCCCGAUCGGCACGACGCAAUCGACGUGGAGCUCUCCUGGCGUGUCUCUUGGAAUGCAUUCUGCACUGUCUCCGCCGAUGGAUUGAAUAUUUCAACAGCUGGGCAUUUGUUUAUGUGGGACUCUACGGAUACGACUUUUUGACGGCCGGACGAAACGUCAUUUCCCUCUUUCAGAAUCGCGGAUGGUCUUCCUUUGUCGCCGAUCGGCUCGUCUUUCGCGUCUUGUCCUUGGCCAAUUUGGCCGUGGCCAUAGUGUCGGGUGCAUCUGCCUGUUUGACCGAUGUCAUGGCCGGACCCGUCAUGCCACCCGAUGACAGUGGCGACUUGACGCCAUCGCGCUUGGUUGCCUUCUUUUCCGGUUUCAUUAUUGGCAUUUUGGUCAGCAACACGGCACUCUUUGUCAUGGAAUCGGCCGUACGAACCGUCAUUGUCUGCUUUGCCGAAUCGCCUACGGAAUUUUAUGAAUGUCAUCCCGAUCUCUGUGAACUCAUGCGAUCGGGAUGGGCCGCCGCCUAUCCCGAUGCAUGGGCUAGCUCCAAUUACGAAUCCGUAUUCAUGGCCGUCGAAGCCAAAGUGGUGGAUGAUCACAAGGACAACAAUUACAGCAACAACAACAGCGGCUACGACAGCAAGGGGACUACGGCCACCGCCGUGCAACUGAUUGUGUGAGUUGAGAGAGAUCCCCUGGGUGCUUGGCGGCACCGCUCCGUGGUGUGGCGAAAUUCAUAUUACAUAUAGAACAAUUUUAACUGAAUGGUUCAUGCGAUUUCAGGGCUUCUGGCUGGGGCUGAAGUCUGGGU